AUGCUCUCACUGACAGCAACGAUAAUUACAAUGGAAAUUUCACUGGAGCAUAUCACCACAAUUAUAGAGGUGGUAAAUUUAAUGAUUCUUGGUGAAUCUGGAAAUGACAAUAACAAUAAUGAUCUUGAAUCAAAUGAUGGUAACGAUGGAAAUACUUGUGAUAGAAGUUGUUCUUCAACAACAUUUUUACAGCCACCAUCACCUGGAGCACCAAAUUACCAAAACAAUAUCUUGAGAAAAAACUUGUUGAAAGAAUUCCCAUUAAAUAAAUACACAGUUGAUGAGGUCAAUAAUUAUAUCACAAAUAUAAUAAAAUGUCUACAAACUGGCCAAUAUGAAUGUAAAAUAUGUUAUAAAUCAAUAAUAUUCUACCAAAAAACCUGGACUUGUCAACUUUGUUGCACAAUAUUUCAUCUUGAUUGUAUCAAAAAUUUGGCAUCAAAGCAGAUCAUGGAAACUUAUUAUUAUGGAGAAAUUUUUUGGAAAUGCCCAGGUUGUGAUAUAUCAUCAAAAUCAUUCCCAGAUUCAUACCAAUGCUUCUGUGGUAAGACCAGGAAUCCAUUAAGCAAGAAAAAUACAACACCACAUGGUUGUGGUAAACUAUGUGGAAAAAAAUGUGAUAAUAACAGCUGUUCAUAUGCUUGUCAACAAAUAAAAUUCAAUGAAAUAUGCCCCGAGGCUGCUGAAAAUAGUGGGCAGAUAAUAUUAUGUAAUAAAGCAUGUGGAGAUCAAAACAUUUAUAAUGUUAAAAAGAGAUCCAGUCAUCAAGGUGAUUGUGGAUCGUGUAAAGAAGUAUCCAAUAAGUCACUUGUCUGCAAAUGCGGUAGUAUAACAUUCCAUUCGCCAGUACCCUGUGGAACAACAUUGCCACCUUGUCCCUACAAUUGUGAAUCUAUUGGUUACAUAAAGAAAUGGAAUAAUCAUAAUAACGGAUACACCAAUAAUUACACCAAUAGCAACAGCAGCAACAGUAAUAAAUCAAUAAGCGGUGGAGGUAGCAAUAAUGUCAUCGGCGGUAACAUUAACAUUCAUUAUUAA